GAGAGAGAGAGAUGGUCUGUUGUGUGUUGGGGGGCGGCGGGGCUGGUUUGGAGACGCAUGCGCACAGUGGUGAUGUAUGGUUGAAAACGGAUCGGGCAGCUAUGCCGCGGAGCAGCCGAGGCGGAGUAUGUAGAAGCUUAUAGCAGUGCUGUCCGCAGGCGCUGAAAGACACCGGCCAGUCAACAAAGAAAGCGAAGAACACGAUAAGGGCCUCCUUCGAAUUUCUGCACAUUUCUGCCAGUCGACGAAUUCUCAGUUUGGGUAGCGGGGGACACAUCUUCAGCAAUGUUUCCAGCCGCUUGAACGCAGGGAAUUUAUUCCUCCUUUUUUUAUUUACAUUUAAUAAAAUAACCAAACAAUACACGGGUCGCAAUGAUUUUGUUGGCAAUCAACACUAGAAGACAUUUGAACAAUCUUUGUCAAGAAUCGCUUUGCUUGCACUUCAUUCUGUGGAUUUUAACGUUAUGUGUGGUCCACGCAGAGGAGCGACCGUUCAGUGUGGAGGCGUGGCUGCAGCGCUAUGGUUACCUGCCUCCGUCGGACCCACGUGUGUCUCUGCUGCGCUCGGCACAAACACUUGAAUCUGGCAUCGCUGCCAUGCAGCGCCGCUACGGCCUCACCGUGACGGGGGCGCUGGACCAGAACACCAUCGACCCUAAUACGUUGAGCUGGAUGAAGAGGCCUCGGUGUGGUGUGCCAGAUCAGUUCGGGGGUGCUUCCAAAUUUAAUGUGCGGAAACGACGCUACGCCUUAACGGGACAAAAGUGGCAGCACAAGGACAUAACAUACAGCGUAAAGAACUACACGCCAAAGGUGGGUGAGAAGGAGACCCACAAUGCCAUUCAGCGGGCGUUCCAGGUGUGGCAGAAUGUGACGCCUCUGCGCUUCCAGGCCAUACCCUAUCGGGAUCUGGAGCGCAGCAAGAGGGACGUGGACAUCACCAUCAUCUUUGCCGCCGGUUUCCACGGAGACAGCUCCCCAUUUGAUGGGGAGGGCGGCUUCCUGGCUCACGCCUACUUCCCCGGGCCGGGCAUUGGUGGGGACACACACUUCGACUCAGAUGAGCCAUGGACUCUGGGAAACCCCAAUCACGAUGACGUCCACACAGGUAACGACCUCUUCCUGGUGGCGGUGCACGAGCUGGGCCACGCCCUGGGCCUGGAGCACUCCAACGACCCCACGGCCAUCAUGGCCCCCUUCUACCAAUACAUGGACACGGAGAACUUCCACCUGCCCCAGGACGACCUGCUCGGCAUCCAGAAGAUUUAUGGACCCCCAGACAAAAGCGCCCAGCCCACGCCACCCCUCACCACAGCGUCCCCGCCCCGCACACACCCACGCCCAGACCCUCGCAGGGACUACCCACAGACGCCGCCUCCCCCAAUUUCACCCGCUGACCGGCCCACCAACCCCAAUGGCAAGCCUUACAUCUGUGACGGAAACUUCAACACCCUCGCCAUCCUCAGGCGCGAGAUGUUUGUGUUUAAGGACCACUGGUUCUGGAGGGUGCGUGACAAAGCUGUGAUGCCUGGCUACCCCAUGCUCAUCAGUAUGUUCUGGAGGGGGCUGCCAUCCAAGAUCGAUGCUGUUUAUGAGAACGGCGAGGGGAAGUUUGUCUUCUUCAAAGGAAAGCAAUUUUGGGUCUUUAAGGACACCGUGCUGCAGCCCGGCUACCCGAAGGACAUCACACAGUUUGCCAAACUGAUGCCCUCCCAGAGCAUAGAAACGGCCGUGAGCUGGGAGGACGUGGGCAAGACCUACUUCUUCAAAGGGGACAGGUAUUGGAGGUUUAGUGAGGAGCCGCACACCAUGGACGUUGGGUACCCUAAACCCAUCACCGUGUGGAGGGGGGUGCCAGAUGGACCGCAGGGGGCCUUCGUAGACAAAGUCAAGGGUAUCACCUACUUCUACAAAGACAAGGAGUACUGGAAGUUCAACAACGAGCUCCUGCGGGUGGAGCCGGGCUACCCACGGUCCAUCCUGAAGGACUUCAUGGGCUGCGUGGACCCACCUCCGGGCCCGGAACAGCCACCGACGCAGGACGUGGACGUGGUGAUCCCGCUGCCGCGCGAGGAGGACUCGGUGCUGCUGGUGGCCGUGCUGGUGCCGUGCUCUCUGGCCCUGUGCUUGGCGGCGCUGGUCUCCAUCAUGUGUUACUUCCGGCAGGCGGGCACGCCACGCCACAUACUCUACUGCAAGCGCUCCAUGCAGGAGUGGGUGUGACGGGCAGCACCGGCGACCAAUCAGAAAAAAACAUCACGGCCUUUAGGAGGGGAGGGGCUUAUAGCCGACAGCCCCUCCUGACAGAGGAGGGGGCAACGCCCAAACACCCCCCCUGCACCCCGACCCUCCUUGUACCCCCCCCCCCCCCCCUACACAAUGAGACUGGGCAGGUUCCCGCUCCAACUUCCCAAGGUGCAUUGCAGGUCUUUAAGGUUUUCAGCGGACAGUGUUGUUUGCUGCCUCUCCUGCACGCUGAAAAAUCUAUUGAAAGAACAUGAAGGAUGCUGGAGCUCAAAGCGAGUUCACAACUUGAAGCUUUUCCUGUUUAUUGUUUUGUUUCGUUUUUUUCUUUCAAUCAAAUGUAAUUUAUUUUUGAAUGAAGUUUUUACUCUUCCCUUUAAGCAGUCUUGAGGAGAACCCAAACCAAAUAAGACUUCAUCUCCAAAGAGAAUCGUUUUUUUCCCCCUCUCUCCUUCUCUUGCUCUCUUAUUCUCUUGGAAACGUUUUUUUCCCUCCCUACUCUAACAAAGAGUCAGGAAAUUUGACUGUUGUGGCAGUCUGUCUUAAAGAAAAAAAAGAAACAGGGGCCAAGAUAUUCUGCAAUAUUUUAACCGCCUUAAUUACACAUCCUGUUCUUCAUGGCAGAGCGUGUCUCUCUCUCUUUAUCUCUCUUUCGCCUUGGUUUGUUAAUAUGUGUGUUUUUCGCUCAUCUGUUUGUUCGGCUGAACUGGCAGCGCCCAAGCGAUUUUUUUUGCCAGCCAUUUGCCAGGGAGCGGCGGGAUGGUUUGCCAAAAGGUCAGGAACACAACCUGACUUUGACCUUGACAUUGACUUUUGACCUUGAACCAUAACUAUGCCCCUUCCCCCCCCCCAAGCCCUGACCAGUGGCGUGUUCCUGGUUCAUUCAGCCCAUGCGUUAUUCCAGGACUCCAGACUGCAGCCCACGCUGAGUUAGGGGCUGCGGUGCUGAGACUGAUGGGACUGUUUCCUCAACUCUGAGGGGCUUCUGGCUCAAACACAGAAGGAACAGAAGCUGGGUGAGGCUCCUGCUGGGCUGCACCGCAUCACAACGUCACAGUAUCCUGAGAGUGUGGCCCCAUAUGACAGCCAUUUCAGGACACACACACACACACACACACACACACAUACUCCUCAGGACUUACACACUCUCUGGAGCCACUAUCACAUCUUCUGGUCUUCUGCAAGAGAGAAACCCAACGCUCAGCCACAUAUCAUACUAAAGAGGAUGUCUACAAGAGGUUGCAUCAUAUUUACUACUUUUUUUCCCCUUUUUCUGUUUUUGUAAGAGCCUGAAGGAAUCUUUUUUUUUUUUUUUUUUUUCGCCCACUCCAACUUGAGGACAGGACUCCAUAAAUCUUUGCCUCUGUUAUGUAAACAAAUAACAUACAUAUUUCUUUGUAGUUCUUGGUACAGUGAAAACAAAACAAUAUUUCUUUCGACCUCAAGAUUCCAAGUGGUACCAUUAAAAAUAUAUAUAUUUCAGUGAGCAAAGCCAUUGUUUUUCUAAAAUAUGACUAACAAACAGGGGCUGGACUGAGCAUGAAUCAGGUCUCUCGGUCUGUCUGCGGAGGCAGUGGUAAAUGUGGCCAUUGCAUGGUUUGAAUGAUGGUAGGGGGAAACGAAUGGGAAAUGGCUAAAUGACUUUUCUGUACAACUCGGACUGGGACCAUGGAAUAGCCCUGAAGAAGUGAAUAAAAAUGAUCAAUAUAUGAUUAAUAUACCCUGA